AUGUGGGGAUUUCUGGUGGUUUUGGUUUUCUUCAAUGGAUGUUUCCUUGACGAUGUGCAGAGGCAGACAUGCGUCCAAGCUCGGAUUUCUGCAUCCAACAAGCUCAGGGAUACUAAUGUUCACUCGAGACCAAAAGUUGUAAAAAUCGGGUCUGUUUUGGCCUUCGACUCGAUUGUAGGCAAAGCUGCAAAAAUUGCAGUACAAACUGCAGUAAAAGAUGUGAAUUCUGAUCCAAGUGUUCUUAAUGGAACCAAGUUGGAACUAAUUAUUCAUGACUCCGGUUCUAGUGGCUUUGUGAGUAUUAUAGAGGCUUUGCACUUCAUGGCGAGUGAAACUGUGGCGUUAAUAGGACCAGAAUCAUCGGAUUUGACUCUUAUGAUAUCCUACAUCGUGAAAGAGCUCCAAGUUCCUCUACUAUCUUUCAGAGCCACUGACCCUACAUUGUCUUCGCUUCAAUGUCCGUUCUUUAUCCGAACAACUCACAGUGACUUUUUCCAAAUGGCCGCCAUAGCAGACAUAGUCGGGUAUUAUGGAUGGAGACGAGUGAUCGCCAUUUACAUAGACGAUGAUCAUGGUAGGAAUGGAAUAACUUCAUUAGCAGAUCAAUUCGCAUCCAAAAGGGGUAAAAUCUCCCACAAAGCGCCUAUCAAACCCAAUGCUACACGUAAAGACAUACAAGAUGUUUUGCUUCAGGUUUCGUUCAUGGAAUCAAAAGUUCUUGUUCUUCACACUAGCACGAACUGGGGAUUAGAUAUACUUGAUGUUGCUAAAGAUCUUGGUAUGAUGGAGAGUGGGUACGUUUGGAUCACAACCGAUUGGCUUUCUACGAUCAUGGACAUAAGCUCGCCAUACCCUAGGAAAUCUUUUGCUUCUAUGCAGGGAGUUAUAACAUUGCGAUCAUACAUAAAAGAUUCAGAACAUAAAAGAAAAUUUAUUACCAAAUGGAAAAACUUAACUACGUAUGGCGUGAGUACGUAUUCUCUGUACGCAUACGACACUAUUUGGCUCCUUGCUCGUGCUCUUGAUGAUUUCUUUGAUCAGGGUGGAAAACUUUCCUUCUCCAAAGGUCCUAAUCAAACGAAGGACUCACAAGGUGGAUUACUGAAUAUCGAUUCAUUGAGUGUAUUUAAUGGUGGGAAAAUCUUGCUUGAAGACAUCUUAAAAGUCAAAAUGAACGGAUUAACAGGACCAAUGGAAUUCACUUCCGAUAGAAUGCUGGUUUUUCCUGCAUUUGAAGUUAUUAAUGUGAUGCGUAAUGGGUUUAGGAACGUUGGGUAUUGGUCAAACUCCUCACGUCUAUCCAUUUCUCCUCCAAAACCACCCAAAACGAACCAAUCUAAUUCCACGCAGCUGCUGAAUAACGUAAUUUGGCCAGGUGAAACAGUUGAUAAGCCUCGCGGAUGGAUGCUUCCACAGAAUGGAAAACAAACGAAAAUUGGGGUUCCAGUUCGAAUCAGUUUUCAGGACAUUGUGAAAGAAGUCCAGGGGACUAAUAGGUACAUGGGAUACAGCAUCGAUGUGUUUGUUGCUGCAAUAAACUUGCUACCAUAUGCUGUUCCAUAUCAGUUCUAUCCGUACGGAGAUGGUCGUCAGAACCCUAGUUACACUGAUCUCGUGAAUUUGGUCAAUGCUGGUGUUUAUGAUGCUGCGGUGGGUGACAUUGCCAUCAUCACUAACAGGACAAGCAUGGUGGAUUUUACUCAGCCGUAUAUUGAGUCUGGGUUAGUUGUGGUGACACCGGUGAAGAAGCUAAGCUCUGGAACUUGGGCAAUUUUCAAGCCAUUCACUGUUGAAUUGUGGGGCGUUAUUUUGAUAUCUUUUCUAGUUGUGGGAGCAGUUGUUUGGAUUCUAGAACAUCGCAGAAACAAUGAUUUUCGUGGUACUCCUAAACAACAGUUUGGCACAACCCAAUGGUUUAUCUUUUCUACCCUAUUUUUCACCCACAAACAAAACAUGAAGAGUACUCUUGGUCGUUUUGGUAGUCAUUCUAUGGUUAUUUGUGAUCGUAUUGGAUAUGGAGCACGUUCAUUUGUCCGAGACUAUUUAGUCAAAGAAAUUGGCAUUUCCGAAGCUAGACUUGUUCCUCUUGAGUUGCCAGAAGACUAUGAAAAAGCUUUAAUCGAUGGUCCUAACAAUGAUGGUGUCAUUGCAAUUGUUGAUGAACGUCCGUAUAUCGAACUUUUCCUUUCGACCCGUUGCCAGUUCAGCAUUGUUGGUCCAGAAUUCACCAAAAAUGGAUGGGGAUUUGCCUUUCAACAGGAUUCUCAUCUUGCAACGGAUGUAUCAAAUGCCAUUCUCAAACUAUCUGAAACCGGAGAGUUACAAAGGAUCCACAAUAAAUGGCUAUUACGAAGUGCUUGCAGUUCACAAGGAGCAGAGUUAUCAGUAGACAGGUUGGAGCUAAAGAGUUUCAAAGGCCUAUUCCUUAUAAUUGGUUUAGCUUGUGUUCUUUCUCUUCUUGUAUACUUAGUGCCCACCAUAUAUCAGUAUACUAAACGCAAACCAGACACAUCUGUAUCAUCUGGACCAAGACACAUGCAAACGUUCAUUUCAUCCAUUGAUGAAAAAGAAGAUUUGGUUAUUGCCCAUUCCAAUAAAAGGCUUAGAGGGGCAAGUUCACUUGGGAGCAACAGAGAUGACGCAUCUGUGAAUGCCUAUUGA